AUGUCGGGUUUGAAAGUGAAUUUUCAUAAGAGUAUGCUGGUGGUGGUGAAUAUUGGGUCGUCCUGGUUAUAUGAAGCUGCAUCCGUGUUGAGUUGUAAAGUUGGAACUGUCCCUUUCUUGUACCUAGGUAUGCCUAUUGGUGGUAACCCUCGAAGAUUGUGUUUCUGGGAACCUAUUGUGAAUCGUAUUAAAUCUAGACUGUCGGGUUGGAAUAGUCGGUUUCUCUCUUUUGGUGGUCGCUUGGUUCUACUCAAAUCUGUCUUGACCUCUCUGCCUGUCUAUGCGCUUUCCUUCUUCAAAGCUCCAGCAGUCGUCAGGUAUGGCGAAUUAGGUGGCAGGUUGGAGGUUGGGGGCCGGAGUGUUUCUUGCUGGUGGUCGGAGGUGAGGCGUCUUAGGGAUGGGGUAGGCGAUGGUGGUAGCGGGUGGUUUGGGGAUCAGGUGUUGAGGAGAGUUGGUGAUGCGGUUGUUACUUCGUUUUGGUCUGAUAGGUGGAUAGGGGAGGCUCCUCUUUGUGUGCGGUUUAGGCGGUUGUUUGAGUUAACAGAGAAUAAGUCUAUGUCCGUUGCCGACUUGCUCUCUGUUGAUUCGGAGCGGUGGGGGGAGGUGUGGAGGUGGAGACGUAGGUUAUGGGAGUGGGAGGAGGAGUUGCUAGAUGAGUGUGGGGCUUUACUUCUUGAUGUUUCCUUGAAUCCUAUUGUUUCAGAUAGCUGGGUGUGGCUUCCGGACCCAUCUGGUGGUUACACAGUUCGAGGUGCAUAUAGUUUGUUAAUCUCUCAGGUACCUUCGGUCGCCGUCGAUGAUCUGGAUUUGGUGUGGCACAAACAGGUUCCCUUGAAGGUUUCCGUUUUUGCGUGGAGGCUCCUCCGUGAUCGUUUACCAACAAGGACAAAUUUGAUUGCUCGACGGGUGUUGUCGUCUGACAUGUCUUCGUGUGUUGCUGGCUACGGUCAUCCUGAAUCGGCUCGACAUCUAUUUUUAUUGUGUGAUACUUUUGGUUCUCUGUGGCAUUUGGUGCGUGAUUGGAUCGGUUGCUUUGGGGUGGACACAGAUAAUAUUUCAGCUCAUUUUUUUACAGUUCACUCAUUUGAUAGGUGGUGGUGCUGUUAG